CUGCCACUUACAUGCAAUAUCCUGACUUCCAUCAUAGACCUCCCCUCCCCAUCCGACGGCUAUCAAGUAUCUGCAGAAGUGCUGCACUCUAAUAUCACUGUUCACAAACUAUGCCUGUUUCGUCACUCCAUGCCUAUCUUCAGUCCGGGCAAUUCCAGUCUCGUCAUGUGCCACUGGAAGCUCUUCAUCCUUUCUUCUCUUCGCACGCCAUGAACCAAAUCGGAGCAUCGAGCGGCGCGAACGAUCUGCUCGAGUUUGUUGGUGAUCGCGUUCUCAACCUCGCCUGCGCGCUGAUCGUGGACGAGUUGAAGGUGUGCCAAGAACAAUUCAUAUUUGUGAUCAGGAAGAUCUCAAAUAACGACACGCUAGGACGCAUCGCCUUCUCGCUUCGCUUCGACACCUACGCCGAACUCUCUCCGGAAAACGAGCAUGCGAUUGACUCUUGGGCUUUGAGCAGCAAGAAAGAAGCACCUCCCAAAGCUCUUGCGGACCUCUUCGAAUCCUUCAUUGGAGCCUUCUACAUGCAGCACGGCUGGUUCUCCCUCGUUGAAUGGCUCAGACUAUGCUUUAAACCUCUUGCUGAGCUUGCUACUGAGGACUAUUUUCGUCUCGAGUCGACAACGAUCCCUGCUCAUGUUGCGACCUGGUGGCGGCGUCAUGGUCAAAAUGUCUCACAACCCGUCUCUCGGGCGUUCUACAAGUACCUCCAUGGGAACCAGCCGCAACUCUCCCACCUUGUAGAAACCGUUGUCGAUGCAAUACCUUUGUCGACGAAGCUCAUUUUCUCGAAGACCGGCGAACUGCUCAACGAUUGUGACAAGGCAGAAGUCGGGUAUCAACUCAUGUGCCACUGGAUAUGUCUUGUUUUCAUGAACAUGCUUCCCACAAUGGCGUGCCCACACCUGCGGGUAUCGCAUAUGGCUUCGAGCAUCACGAAUGUCGUUGUCUGUGAGAGAACACUAGCGGUGCUUGCCCAUUUCGGAUUCCUCUCGUCGUUCUUCGACGUCGACGACCCCGAUUUCAACUCAAGCCUCAGUCCUGCUCAAACAAAACUGCAGCAAGUGUACCUAGCCAAGCUCUCUCUCGCAUUCCGAGUUGCCAUUGGUUGGCUUCAUUCUCGAAUGCCGAACGUAGCUCACGAUUGGGGUGUUUCUUUCUUUGAGCCCUUAGUUGUGGAGGCUUGUCGUCUUUUGAUGGACCAGUCGCGGUAA